AUGUCAUCGCAACAAGGCAAAAUUGCAUCCAAUGCGUCAUUAGUCCUCCUGCGGGAGCUUCUGAAAAACGAAGGGGAGGACAAUAUCGGUUGUCGUGAUCCCUCAGACAUUUCUCCCACCACUACCUCCGCACUCCUGCAUCAGCUUGGCAUCGGCGGCUUGGAUGGCCCUGUCAUCACACUGCUACGCCGGGCCUUGGCCUCUCGUUUGCUUUCCCCGGAUAUGGCCAAGAGGUUAGGCGUGAAGCAUGUGCGAGGUAUUUUGCUCUACGGUCCACCGGGCACGGGGAAGACGCUCGUGGCCCGUCAACUUGCUGCCCUGCUGCAUGCCCGUGAGCCCAAGCUUGUCUCUGGACCGGAGUUGCUUUCUAUGUGGGUGGGCAAGAGCGAAGAAAACAUUCGGUCAAUUUUCGCAGACGCGGAGCAAGAAUUUAAAGAGAAAGGGAGUCACUCCGCUUUACACGUCAUUAUUUUUGACGAGAUAGACGCCUUGACUCGUAAACGGGGUUCAUUGCGGGACUCGUCAGGAGUGAUGGAUAGCUGUGUCAACCAACUGCUCUCGAAGAUUGAUGGACUGGCGGCAUUCGAUAAUAUUCUGUGCAUAGGCACGACGAACCGAAAAGAUCUGUUGGACGACGCGUUAUUGCGGCCAGGGCGCCUCGAAGUUCACGUUGAAGUGGGUCUUCCAGACGAAGCAGGGCGGGCUCAGAUUUUUCAGGUGCACACCAAAGGCUUUGCGACAGAAGGCUUGCUGGCCAGGGACGUGGACUUCCCGCAGCUCGCGCGCCUGACCCCAAAUUUCACAGGAGCAGAAAUUGAAGGGGUGGUGAAAGGUGGUCUUUCGUUUGCGCUCCAACGUCAAAUCAGCACGAAGAAGAAGACAGAAGAGGAAUGUCCAAGCCGAACCUCAUACGAUGAUUUGUCCUCCGGCUUCGCCCCUCUACGCUUGUCCAUGUUUGAUUUGCUGCGUGCGCUUCGUGAAGCGAAGCCCCACUUUGGCGCCAAAAGCCAGCAAUGGGCCACGCAUCAACGAUUGGGAUUCAUAGCAUUCCGUCCCGAGGUUCCUGAGCUUAUGCAGCGGCUUCUCUCCAUUCUUGAAAGGGCUCGGCAUGACGGUCAGCUUCCCCUCGUGACUAUUCUCCUGCAAGGACCUGCUGGGGCGGGAAAGACUGCGGUGCUUGCUCGCUUGGGGUCGUUGGCAGAGGGCUAUACUUUUCGUCGACACUUAACAGGGCAAGAACUGGCCAGCUUGGGUGAAGAGAGCGCCUGCGACGCGGUCGUACAGGCGGUGGAGGAUGCCCACCAAUGUCCUCGGUCCCUCCUCAUGUUGGACGAUUUGGAAGGCUUGAUGCAAUACGUACCUUUACAAGGCGGGCGCGUCUCCCUGCCUCGUCUGCACACCCUCCUUUCCGUCCUGGGUCGCCCUCCUGUCAAACAGUCGCGAGUGUGCGUAGUCUUAGCCACGACCUCGCUCGAUGAACCGACCUUGCGUGCAUUGGGCCUGUGGGAACGGUUUGGGAUCAAGGAGGUCCUCCCCCUCGUCGAAACGGCUGACCACGUGGCCGUGCUUAUGAAAGGUCUGGGAGGGGCCUCACAGCCACCUGGUGGAGCCAGAAAAGGCCCUUGGACAGUCCGUGAACUCCUCCAAGAGCAAGCGCUGUACGCACAGCACCGGAAACAUGACGAGAAGCAGAACAAGAUUGACGACGAGCAAUAA